AUGAAGAAAUACAACGUAACUUACAUAGAGGCUUUGCGUGAUAAUAAGGUAAUAGCCACAUACUACAAUAAUUCCUCAGAGAACUACGGUUCUUUGGGUAGAGCCGGAUCCAAUGCCACUCCGAAAGUGUUCCGGAAGCUUGUGGACGAGUUGGUUCUAGCCAAGGUGGUCCCAUUGGAGGGCAAUAAAGUAACAAAACUGUCGAGCUCAUUGCUCGACGGAUUUGAUUGUUACUACGGAACAGAGGCGGGAAAUAUGGUGUACGUGUGCUUUUCACCAGCAAAUGUGCCCAAAAUCCUGCCGUUGCGGAUAUUGACGGAGCUGAAAUCUAUGGCUAACGAAACUGACCAGGAAUUGGACUCGCACGUACGAACCAUCGUCGAACAAUUUUACAGCGAGCUUAUGUCGUACCGUGACUCUUCAACGGCAGAGGCUACCGAGCAGGAUAUGCAGGACAUCAUCCAGCUCAUGAACGACAACAUAGACAAGUUUCUGCAGCGACAGGAGCGGGUUUCGUUGCUUGUGGAUCGGACCUCCAAGCUGAAUCAAUCGAGCUACAACUUCAAGCGCAAAGCGGGACGAAUCAAAUCGAAAAUGUGGUGGCAGAACGUCAAAAUGUGCACGACCAUCACAGCAGUGUCUGUAUUGAUCGUCACAAUAGUCUUUCUCGCCGUGCAUUACAUGUAG